UGUUCAAUUUGGCCUUCGAGUCUAUACCUUUCGGAAUUGAUACUCUCGUUUCCAGACAUUUUCUCAACAAGAAAAUGCUUUGAGGUUGGUUCGGGUGUGGGUUUGGUUGGAAUCUGCCUUGCUCGCGUCAAAACGUCAUCGGUAGUGUUGAGUGAUGGUGACCCGUCAACAUUAGCAAAUAUGAAGGUUAAUUUAGGGUUGAAUGGGUUGUGCUGCCUCAGCUCUGCAACUGCUACACCAGAAAGAACUAAAGAGGAUCUUCAAACUGUGGAAUGCAUGCAUCUGCCAUGGGAAUCAGCAUCUGAAAGUGAACUCGAAGCUUUUGCACCAGAUAUUGUGUUAGGUGCAGAUGUAAUAUACGAUCCAGUUUGUCUCCCGCACCUUGUUCGUGUCCUUUCCAUUCUUCUGCGCCCAAAGCAAACUCAUAGUUCCACACACUCUUUUCCGGGGAGUGAACAUGUCGAAGAUGCAAAUCACACAAACGAUGUAGACAAUGGAAGCCAUGGAUACAAAGCUCGUGUAAGCGAAUGCCCGGUGGCAUAUAUUGCUUCCGUAAUUCGCAAUAUCGACACGUUUAAUCAUUUUCUGGGUAUCGUAGAACAGUCUAAUCUGAGUAUAUGUGAUAUAACUGAUGAACUAAAACCCAUGAACUUGCUACCUUACAUGUACUCUUAUAAUAGAUCAAGUAUUAGAUUGUUUACUCUGAAAUUCAAGUAGCUUUCUUUGUUAAAUUCAUUAAAACUUUGCUCUAAAUGAUUAUUGUAAAAGAAACAAUAGUGGAAAUUAUAGUUUGUACUUUGCAGAUU